CGCCAUUCGUGAACACUGGAUUGUUCAGUUCGGGCGGGUGUCCGGCUCAGUUUGAAUCUGUUUUCUCUCUGCUUAAGCGUUCCUUAUUUCAGUUUGUAAGUUUGUCUGUUUGGUUGUAUAUAUCAUAACGAUUCAGUUUAUUAUAUUGAAUUUAGCAACAUGUCAUCAGCAAGUGAGGUUGGAUUUUGUAAGUCAUCAUUCUGGGGUUUCACAUCGUCUUGGGAUACUUCGAAUCCGGACUUUUCCUUGUGUUUCGAGAAGACUGUGCUGGUGUGGACGCCUUGCCUGGUGUUAUGGCUGAUAUCUCCUCUAGAGUUAUGGCUCAUAUACACCAGCAAAUGUCGAGAUAUACCAUGGGGACUGACAAACAUAGCCAAGUUGUUGUUGAAUCUGGUGCUGAUCGCUAUCAGUGCUGUAAGUCUGAUUUCGUCUGCAGCUCAACACUUCCAAGGUGAGCCUGUGUUCGGAGUGGAUUUGUGGACACCAGCGAUACAAACUUUGACAUUUAUGUUGGCAGCUGUGCUCUUGCUGUUGGACAAGGUGCGUGGACUUCACACUUCCGGAGUGUUGUUCUGGUUCUGGCUGUUGUCAAGUAUGGCUGGAGUUGCACAAUUUCGCACGGAAAUCUUACGAGAAGACACAACGAUGUCAGAAGAAAGUAACCUCAAGCAUAUCCUGUACAUGAUCUACUACCCAGGGAUUCUACUGAUGCUAGUGCUGAACUUAUUUGCUGAUCCUCCGCCCAGAAGUACGGAUUAUCCAAAAUAUCAGAAGCUAUGCCCAGAGAUCCAAGCAUCUUUUGUGUCUCAAGUGCUGUACGCCUGGUUUGAUCCGAUGAUUUUCAAAGGAUAUCGAAAACCGCUGACAGUGGCUGACCUGUGGGAACUCAGGUAUCGAGAUACUUCUUCUCAGAUAGUUCCUCGCUUUCAAGAGUAUUGGAGAAGGAACCAGGAAAUUGCUUCUGGAUCCUCCAACUUUGACACAAAAACCACGCAGAAUGGAAAGACUAAGCCCAGUGCUAGAGUGGGACCACCCAAGAAGUUUUCCGUGGUUCCUCCAUUAUUUAAAAUGUUUUGGGUAACAAUUGUUGCUUCAGUGCUCACCAAACUUUCAGCCGACGCAUUGUCAUUUAUAAAUCCACAGGUUUUGAAUUUGAUGAUCAGCUUUGUGGCUGGGAAGGAGCAGAUGUGGAAGGGAUUCGUGUACGCUGGCACGAUGCUUGUGGUGGCAGAACUGCAGACGGUGUUCAUACACAGGACGCUCAUGAACAUGUUUGCUGUGGGGGUCAACUGGAGGACGGCACUCAUGUCGGCAAUCUACAGAAAGGCUCUACGAAUAUCCAGUGCUGCACGCAAGACCUCUACAGUGGGAGAGGUGGUAAACCUGAUGGCAGUGGACGCCCAGCGGUGUGCAGACUUUGCUCCUUUUAUGCAUUUUCUCUGGACAGCUCCCAUAAUCAUAAUCGUAGCCUUGUACUUCCUCUGGCAAAUUCUAGGAGUUGCUACAUUAGCUGGUCUGGUAGUCAUGCUCAUUAUAGUUCCUUUCAACGGUUUUGUCGCCAACAAAAUGAAAAAGUUCCAAACACAGCAAAUGAAAUUAAAGGAUGAGAGAGUAAAGAUCAUCAAUGAAAUUUUAUCAGGAAUCAAGGUUUUAAAACUGUAUGCUUGGGAGCCCAGCUUCAAGGAUUAUGUUUUGAAGAUCAGAGAUAAAGAACUAAAAAAGUUAAGAGCCUCUGCUCUCUGGGGCGCUUCCAUCUCAUUCUUCUGGCUAAGUUCGUCCUUUCUUGUCUCAUUUGCAACAUUCGGCACAUUUGUGCUCAUUGACGAACGCAAUGUGCUGACAGCUGAGAUCGCGUUCGUUGCCACAGCUCUCUUCAAUGUGAUGAGAAUUCCGAUUGCCAUGCUUCCAAUGACGGUACAACUUUUACUCCAGUUUUUAGUGGCUGUAAAAAGAAUAAACAAGUUCAUGAAUGCAGAAGAGUUGGACUUGGAAUCCGUUUCACACGAUAAGAGUAGAAAGGAACCUCUUAUUAUCGAGGACGGAACAUUCUCCUGGGAUUCAAAGCAUGCUGAGGGAGCAGUUCUACGCAACAUCACACUCAAAAUUGAGCCAGGAAAGUUGGUAGCAGUGGUUGGGGCAGUUGGCUCUGGGAAGAGUUCUCUCAUUUCUGCCUUUCUGGGGGAGAUGGAUAAAAUCUCAGGAUAUGUCAAUACAACAGGGAAGAUAGCGUACGUGCCUCAGCAGGCCUGGAUACAGAACGCCACAGUCCGAGAUAACAUCCUAUUUGGUGUCAGCUAUGACAGCAAGAGAUACCACAGGACUGUGGAGAACUGCUCCUUGAAGUCAGACUUUGAUAUGCUGCCCGGAGGGGAUUCCACGGAGAUCGGUGAAAAGGGUAUCAACCUGAGUGGUGGCCAGAAGCAGAGAGUGAGCCUGGCAAGGGCUGUAUACAAUGAUGCGGACACAUACUUGCUGGAUGACCCUCUUAGUGCUGUCGAUUCUCAUGUGGGGAGACACAUCUUUGAUAACGUCAUCGGUCCUAGAGGUCAGCUCCACAAGAAGACCCGUGUGUUGGUGACUCAUGGAGUGACAUUCCUACACCAAGUGGACGUCAUUGUGGUGAUGAAGGCAGGAGAGAUCUCGGAGAUGGGGACAUUCAAGGAGUUGUUGGCUAAGAGAGGGGAGUUCUCCGACUUUCUGGUGCACCACAUCGCAGAAAGUGAACACGGCGAACUGGACGCAGAAAUGGAGGAGUUGAUUGAAGAAGAUAAGGUUUUAAAACAGAAGAUUCAAAGACAAAUCAGCAGGAGAAGCGUUACUGACUCUGUUAAAUCCAACUCCUCGGCAGGAAGUCGCAGAGAUUCAGUCAAGUUUGAUGUCCAGCCAAUCACGAACCAGAUUGAUAAGUUGAUUCAAGCGGAAAAAGCGGAAACUGGCAGUGUGAAGUGGAGCGUGUACAUUCACUAUUUGAAGGCUGUAGGGCUAUUCCUCGGCCUGACCUCCAUAUCCUUCCAGUUGCUCUCCCAGGUCGCCAACAUCAUGGCCAGCAUCUGGCUCUCUGAGUGGACGUCGGACGACUCGGCGGCUGUCGAUGGAGUCCAGGUUAUCGACAAGCGUAAUUCUUACCUUGGGAUCUAUGCUGCUGUUGGUUUCAGCCAAGUGAUCCUAGUAAUAUUGGGGUCCUUUGCUCUGGCAUUUGGCAGUGUAAUGGCAUCUCGCAAUCUACACCUCUCCAUGUUAAGUAACAUUCUGCGAGCUCCGAUGAGUUUCUUUGAUACUACUCCGAAUGGAAGACUUGUCAACCGUUUUGGCAAAGAUGUCGACUUGGUUGAUAGUGUACUGCCAUUAACCAUAACACAAACAAUGACAGGAUUUUGUACGGUUAUAGGAACCAUAGCAGUAAUUGUUUGGUCUACUCCAAUAUUUGCCGCAGUCAUCCUACCUAUUGGGCUGCUUUACUAUUUUGUUCAGAGUUUGUAUCUAACAACAUCCCGGCAGCUGAAGAGAGUGGAAGCGGUUUCCCGAUCUCCGAUAUAUUCCCACUUCAGUGAAACCGUGUCUGGCGCCUCUUCAAUAAGAGCAUACGGAGUGGAGAACAGAUUCAUGCAAACCUUGGAGGAAAGAGUUGACGUGAACACUGUGUGUCUAUAUCCCAGCUUAAUCGCGAACAGGUGGCUUGGAAUUCGCCUAGAAACGGUCGGUAAUAUUUUAAUUUUCUUUGCUGCUCUCUUCGCUGUGUUAGGAAGAGAUUCAUUGGACUCUGGCAUUGUGGGUCUCUCCGUUAGUUAUGCUCUACAGAUUACUGCUAUGCUGAACGUGGCCGUAAGGUUUGCAGCUGAAGUUGAAACAAAUAUAGUUUCAGUUGAGAGGAUAAAGGAGUACGCCGAAGUCCCACAGGAAGCAGCCUGGGAAGUACAGCCCAGACCGAAUCCUGAGUGGCCCAACCAGGGUGUGGUACAGUUCCAGGACUAUCAGGUCAGGUACAGAGAAGGUCUAGAGCUGGUGUUGAAGGGAAUAUCCUUCACUGUCUCCGGCGGCGAAAAGAUUGGGAUAGUUGGCCGCACUGGAGCCGGCAAGUCGUCUCUGACCCUCUGUCUGUUCCGUAUAAUCGAGGCUGCAGGAGGACACAUCCUCAUCGAUGGACUCGACAUCUCCAAGAUUGGGUUGGGCGAUCUCCGUUCCAGAUUGACAAUCAUUCCUCAGGAUCCCAUGCUGUUUUCUGGAACACUCCGCAUGAACCUGGACCCGUUUGAGAUGUACAGUGACUCAGACGUAUGGCGAGCUCUGGAGUUGGCUCAUCUCAGCGAAUUUACUAAAACACUGAGUCUGGGCUUGCAGCACACCAUCUCCGAGAGUGGGGAAAACUUGAGUGUUGGACAGCGACAGUUGAUUUGUCUAGCUAGAGCCGUUCUGCGCAAGACGAAAGUUCUGAUUCUGGACGAGGCAACAGCAGCAAUAGACCUGGAGACUGAUGACCUGAUCCAGGCAACAAUCCGCAAAGAAUUCCGGGACUGCACUGUGCUGACUAUCGCACAUAGGCUCAACACCAUCAUGGAUUCCGACAGAGUUUUGGUGCUGGAUAAAGGUCUAAUUAAAGAAUUCGAUUCACCAAAGAAUCUUCUGAAUUCACCGUCAACGAUAUUCUACGGAAUGGCAAAGGACGCUGGCCUUGUGUAACAUAACAGACUGAAGUUUAUAGAGUGUUAAAUAAAAUGUGAUAUACUAUGA